AAUCAUCAGUUCGGAUGUGAUAUCUAGUUAGCGAGAUGGCUGAUGACCAGAAAAGAAUUUUUAAGCAAAAGAGGCUUAACACUCGACUUUUGGAAGCUGUUUACACAAAGGAUCUUGAAAAAGUCAAAACACAGUUAGCGAAUGAAGCUCACCCAGACACUCAAUGCCAAGUAAGCCUGGUAAGUCCUUCGCACCUGGCAGCCUACCAUGGCUCAGUCCCCAUUCUUGAAGAGCUGCUCAAGAAGGAUGCAGACCUCACGAAAACGGAUAUCAGAGGACUGCAGCCCCAUCACCUAGCGGCCUUCAGGAAUGAAUCUCUGCCAUGCCUCAAGAUUAUUCUAGAUAAAAUGAAUGACUUGAUAGAUUCGCCUGUGAGACGGGAACAAACUGAAACGACACUACGAGAUGAGGUGUCAGAUUCUUAUGGCCACAACCACAAUGACCUUACUAAUUUGAUUCGAGAAGAAAUUAAAGAUGGAGCUACUGCAUUAUAUAUCGCAACUAAAAAAGGGCUCACUAAGGUUGUCGAAGAACUUUUGGAAAGAAAUGCUACGGUAACAGAGGAAAUACUAGAUCUUGCAAGGAAUCAAAAUGAUAUAUCUAUAAUGCUGAAAUCAGCAUACAAAAAACAUCCCAAGAUGGGAGAACUGCAGAUGGCCGUGUUUAAAGGCAAUGUGGAGGUUGUGCAGAAAUGUUUGCACAAAAUGGGAAAUGACGAACUAGAACCUACAAUGCUCCAUUUAGCUGUUCAUAAUAAACUAAAAAAUGAAUCUAAUAAACACGAUUACAAUGAAAUUCUUGUAAUGCUAGUCGAAACUGAGAGGAUAAACAUAAAUUAUCAAGAUGAAAACAAUAAAACGCCCCUUUAUUUGGCGACCGAAAGCAAAUGGAUGGACGAUAUUGAUUGGUUGCUCACAAAAAAUGCUGAUGAAACGAUAGAAUGUCGAAAUGGGGAAACCGUCUUCCAUGUUGCAGCUAGGAACAAAGAUUGUAACGUGCUGAAAUAUCUUCUAAAGACCAAACCUAAAAGUAAUGCACUCAAACAAACGGACAAUGAAGGUUACACUCCUCUCUACAGAGCUAUUAAAUCAGGAUGUGCUGACUGUGUCCAAGUUUUGCUAGCAACCGCUUCUGAAGAUGAUUAUAAACUAAUAUUAAAAGAUCGAGAACUUACUAUUUUACAUGCUGCAAUCGAAUCUAGUAGAAAUCCAGAUGUAAUUUUACAAAAGAUAUUGGAAUUCUUGAUGAAAAAUAAUUCACCUGAAAAUAUUUCUAUAUUUAAUCAAAUAAGCAGUGAAGGAUUGACUGCUGUAGAAUUAGCUGCCAAAAAUGGGGAAGUAAAAUGUUUAGAUGUUCUAUUUAAGUAUGAUAUCAGUGUCUUGCCAAUGAAUAUUGAUAAAAAGAAACAUCAUGAUACAGCUUUACACCAUGCUGCCAAAAAAGGUUACUAUGUAUGUUUGGAAAAAUUAUUAGACAGGUGUGAAGAUCUCGUUGAUAUGUUAGACAGUAAUUGUCUCACUGCUCUUAUAUAUGCUGCUCGUGGAGGACAUAACAAAUGUGUGAAACUACUGUUGAAAAGAGGAGCUAAUCUCGCUAUUAAAGACCCAUCUCUUAAUCGAACAGCAGUUGAUAUAAUUAUGUCUAAUGUACCCACAGCUGUGGAAUCAAUAGAUGACGUAUUAGAUAGUUUUAUUGUGCCAAUUAAAAAUACUCAGUUGGUUGAAGUCACAACAAAAAUUAUCACAGAAAAUAAUCAAAACAAUGAAACUAUACCUGACCAAGAAGAAAUACCUCUUCUAAAUAGUAUUAAUAAUGAUGAAAACAAUACGAUCCAUGAACAAAAUCCCUCUGCGAACCAAGUUGCUAUUGACAUAAAUACUGAUGGGCCAACAGCUGAAGAUAAGAAUGUACAAAAUAAUUCUAGUGUACCAAAUAAUCAGCAGACUGAAGUGACAACAAUUUUAUCUAAAAACAUUAUACAAAAUAACAAACAAAUAAACAACCAAGUAAAGAAUCCUGUUAUAAAAAAUAGUAACUAUAAUGAACACUAUAAAAUCCAUAAGGUCAACUUGGAAUACAAAUGUUUACUUGCUGGAUCAAGACAGCUAGAAGUUAUUGAAGCUGUAAAUGAAUGUAAAUAUGAUAAACUGAAGCAAAAAUUUUUUUUGCACCCUUUAGUUAAAACUUUCCUGAUAUCUAAAUGGAAUAAGAUAAAGAAUCUUCACUUAAUUUUAUUUUUUGUGUAUCUGAUACACACUCUCUCAGUGACUGGGCUUGCGAUCUGUGCAACAAUAUGGCUAAAUUUGAUUGCUUAUCUUAUAUGUUUCAUUUUUAUAUUGUUAACGAUGAUUCCUAUUAUUUUAGUGGAAAUUGUAACAUGGGUGCAAGAUGCAAAAAUCUAUUCUCGCUUUGAAACGUAUAUCAAAUGGAUAGGGAUCCUUUUGAUUGGAUUGUUUAGUGUGAUGUCUAUAUUCCCACAGAUAAGCUUUAUUAUUUCCUAUUUUGCAUCUGUGGCAGUCCUUUUCAGUUGGAUGAAACUGAUUCUCUUUUUUUCCAUGAGAUGUAACGGAGGCUUCUAUAUUCUCUUGUUUUUCAAGAUCGCCCAAAAAGUUUUUCAAGUCUUAUGUUUAUUUUCAUUCCUAAUUUUUGGAUUUGCAUUGUCUUUCUACAUUCUUUUUAAUGGAAGAAAACCAUUUCCAGAUCCAUUAACAUCAUUAGGUGCAGUGAUGGCAAUGAUUUCUGAAAUAAAAUAUGAUGAAGCGUUUGGGAAGGAGACUGAUUUAAUUUUAAAAAUAUUAGGACAUAUAUUAUUCAUUAUGUUUUAUGUUCUUGUUGUAAUUGUGAUGAUGAACCUUAUUGUAGGUUUGUCUGUAAAUAUAGUAACUGAGCAUGAAGGGAAAUGCAAACAUUUAGCAAUGCAGGGUUCAUUUCUAAGUCUGGUAGAUAAAUUUUGCUGGGACGGUGAAACUAACAAAUUCAUUAUAUGGCUAAGGGAGCUCAUAGAAAAAAUUAGUCAUUAUUGGACCAAUAAAAAACUGAAGGAAAAAGAAAAAAUUAAUUCUAUAACUAUCUUUCCAAACCAACUCUUAACAGACAAUAUCUUUGGAAAAGAAUUAAUCUUUGAAGUUAUGGAAAUAGUCAAUAACAAAGCUAAGCGAUAUAGGCCUGAAACCAUGGCACAUAAGAUGGAUAAGAUGAGAGAUAGGGUAGAUGAAGUUCUUGAUCUUUUUCAUAGGAGAAAUUAAUUUGCUGUUGCCUUCUUUCAUCUUAGUUUUAAAGGAUGACAAAUGAUUUCAUAUCAUCUGACUUGAAUUUUGAAUUUAACUUAAAGGGAUAGAGUGCUACCAAUGGGUAGUUUCUCAGCAAGCGUGUUUCAUGUGAUAAUAUUCCUCUGUUCACAUUUACUUGAUGUAUUCAUACUAAUACAGUGGUAAAUAU